AUGCCUCGCGUGUCGCAAUUAGUCGUUGGUAUCAUCGUCUUUGAAAUCAUUUGUGGUUUCUCUCCACUGAACGUCACUGGCGUUAAAGUAUCAUCAUGUAGAACAACAGUUUUAAAUGGUUUGAGGAGAAAUGGCAACUCGAACACCAACCGGGACAUCCUAAUGCAGGAACCCCAAGAGGGUCUUCAAGAUUGUGCUCGGAUGAAAUUUAAAUCAUCUGAGGCCAAAUCUGUUCAGUUUUGUACCACGUCGAGGAUGUGCACCGUUUUUAGAACUGAGUUAACUCCAGCUGUAAUACAAGACGCCAUGGUUGAUAACGACUGUGUGCUUAUGAAGUUCGCUUGUGAUGGGAUAAAAGAUAACGAAGACCUAUCAGAAUUCGGUACUGUCAACACGACUAAUGCCACUGCAACGCAAGUAACGGCUUCGUCCACCACACUGACGCCAUCACCACCCCUGACAUCUGCAGCACCACCAGAAACACCACCUCCGUCAACUGCAGCGGCACCGAAUAUACCCACGUCUACCGGAGUAAUGCCAUCAACUGCCCUUACUACACUUACUUCACUUACCUCACAUUCACCCUCAACACCAAUGUUGUCUUCAGCAGUGACGUCAGCACCUCAUUCAUCAACUACACUGACGUCUUCAACGGAAACUGUUACUUCUGGUCAACUAGUUGGCUCUGAGUUAAACCCAGGUGCUAACUGUGCAGAUAUUCUGCAAGCCCAACCAGAAGCAGUGACAGGUGUCUACUGGAUCUCAACACAGGGCCAAACGUUUCAGGUCCACUGUGAUAUGGACACUAACGGAGGGGGCUGGACUCUCGUCUGGAGUUACACUUUUACAAAUUUUGGCCCAUAUUUGUCAGGUGCCCUAACACCAAGACCAAGUUGGUCGGUGCCUGACGGCGAUGUUCCCAUAUCUGUUACUCCUCCGUUGAACGAAGCAGAUUUCAAUGCCGUGGAUUUUGCCUUGUGGAAGUCCAUCGGUAACCGACAAUUUAUGGUAAAAUCAACCAUCAAUAAUUGGAUCGUCUGUAAUGACACCAAGCUGGUAGAGUUCAUAAGUGGGCCAAUUGACUGCCGCGUUGUCAAAACUGUUGUCGAAAGCGAAAUGUCGUGCCUUAACACUGUUCCCAUUUACUUGCACACCCUUGCUUUGGGUGGUGUAAAUGGAGGUCUGGCUCUCACUACGGGUCAAGAUCCACCCUUCAUAGAAGGAUCUGCGUAUUACUUCUUUCGGACGUCCACUGAGAUAGAGAAUUGUCCGGCGCAUGAUCCCUGUGGUAUGGGACGCUGUGAUGGACAUAAACAAGACCCCAAUAUGCCAUAUGGCAACAUUUACAUUCGCUAA